UACCGUGCGUGCCGUAAAACUGGUAGAAAGAGACUGUAUUCUGAAACGAUAUAACGAAAGUGGGUCUCGAAUGGCGAAAGAUUGAGGAAAAAAAAAACCAAACAGAUUCCUUCCACCAUCGGAAGAACCGAAGUUCCGGAUCCCAUCUUGUUAAGGCUUGGAACUGAAGCACUCCUGCAAACCUACAUCUCUCUCUCUAUCUCGAUCUCUUUCCCUCGGACAUGAGCAUGGAACAGAGAAUCCGUGGGCUUCCCAAACUCCAUCGCCAAAGAAAGGAAACUACCUGUGACGCCGAUUCCUCCUCUCGUGAAACCCCCAUCGCCAUCUCUUUCCCAUCGACCCACCAUCUCUAUCCACCAUCAAUUCCAUGUUCUUCCAAAUCACUACCUUCCAAACCCACUCCCAACUGCACCAUAGCGCCAUGACACUCCCCUUCCCCUCCAAGAGAUCACCUAUAAAACCCACCUCCUCUCUCCUUCUCCCCUUCUCCCCUUCAAGCCCACCUCCUCCUUCAUCUGCAUUUCCAUGGCUUCCCUCUUCCUCCUCUCCCUCCUCUCCUUCUCUCUCCUCCCCUCUGCCUCCUACUCCCGCCAUACCCACCUCUCUAAACCUCCCCUUCUCCCGCAUUCCGCUUCCUCCUCGUCCCCGGAGAUCCAGCAGGCCUGCAAGUCCACCAGGUUCCCCGACCUCUGCGCCUCCCAGCCCUACCCCUCCCCUCCGCCGCCCCCUCCUCUCGACGUCAUCCUCUCCGCCAUCCAGAUCUCCUCCGACCGCCUCGCCACCGCCCAGUCCAUGAUCGACUCCAUCCUCGCCUCCUCCGCUGGCAACGUCAACCGCACCAUCGCCGCCAAGAACUGCGCCGUGAUCCUCGCCUACUCCCGCCGGCGGACUGAGUCGACGGCUGGGGAGGCGAUCCCGGGCGGCCGCACCAAGGACGCCCGCGCCUGGCUCUCCGCCGCGCUGCUCUACCAGACCGGCUGCUGGUCGGGCCUCAGGUCCGUCAACGACACGAGCCAGGUCGACCAGACCAUUGCGCUCUUGAAAACGCUGACGAUGCUGACCAGCAACGCCCUCAGCAUGCUGGUCUCGUACGACCGGUUCGGGAAGGACACGGCGGCUUGGAGGCCGCCGGCGACGGAGCGCGACGGGUUCUGGGAGGACUCUCCCGGUGGCGGCGGGGGGCCGUCGGGCCUGGGGUUCGACGGCGGGGUCCCUUCGGGGCUGACGGCGGACGCGACGGUGUGCAAGGACGGGGGAAGCGGGUGCUACGCGACGGUGCAGGCCGCCGUCGACGCCGCGCCGGAGAACGUCGGCGGAGGGAAGAGGUUCGUGAUCCACAUCAAGGAAGGGGUGUACGAGGAGACGGUGAGGGUCCCGUUCGAGAAGAAGAACGUGGUGUUCCUGGGGGACGGCAUGGGCAAAACCGUCAUCACCGGGUCCUCGAACGCGGGGCAACCUGGGGUCUCCACCUACAACACCGCCACCGUCGGAGUGCUCGGCGACGGAUUCAUGGCAAGCGGGCUCACGAUCCAGAACACCGCAGGUCCGGUCACCCACCAGGCGGUGGCAUUCCGGUCGGACAGCGAUUUCUCGGUCAUCGAGAACUGCGAAUUCUUGGGGAACCAAGACACGCUCUACGCCCACUCCCUCCGGCAGUACUACAAGUCCUGCCGCAUCGAGGGCAACGUGGACUUCAUCUUCGGGAACUCGGCCUCCUACUUCCAGGACUGCCAGAUCCUGGUCCGCCCCCAGCAGGUCAAUCCCGAGAAGGGCGAGAACAAUGCGGUCACGGCCCAUGGCCGGACCGACCCCGCGCAGUCGACGGGCUUCGUCUUCCGGAACUGCUUGGUCAAUGGUACCGAGGAGUACAUGGCGCUGUACCGGAGCAAGCCCAAAGUGCAUAAAAACUUCCUGGGGAGGCCGUGGAAGGAGUACUCAAGGACGGUCUUCAUCGAGUGCAGCCUCGAGGCCCUGAUCACGCCUCAGGGCUGGAUGCCAUGGAGUGAGGAUUUCGCCCUGAAGACGCUCUACUACGGGGAGUUCAAGAACACGGGGCCAGGAUCCGACACGUCGAGCAGGGUGUCGUGGAGCAGCCGGGUCCCAGCCGAACACGUCGAUACAUAUUCGGUGAAGAGUUUCAUCCAGGGAGAUGAGUGGAUUCCGACAUCUUGAUCCAAGAGGAUAUAUAAAACGUUAAAAUGAAGUCGAGAUUUCUAGUUUAGAGACGAGUGAGACGGGGUUUCGAACCCACGACACUGCAGUUCUCACCCGUUCGAUGUACAUGAAAGUCAUCGAAGUUGUUUUGUUUCAUUAAAGUCAAUUAGCGGCGUCGGCUGACUUUGGUCGAACCCAUUCUGGGUGAGUGGAAUUAUAUUGUCCAUUAAAGGUUGCGUUCGUUUUACGGAAAAUUGGCCAUCUCCGGAAAA